CGAGUAGACACUGAAUAAGGUACUGGGACGCAGAGCUGCGGAGGGCCACGGCCCGGGGUUGCAGCCCGAGUCUCACCAAGGCGCUGUGGCGCUGCUACUGGAGACGCUACGCGCUGCUGGGCAUCUUCACCCUGAUGGAGGAGUCUGUGCGCGUGGUGCAGCCGCUGCUGCUGGGCAAGCUGCUCAACUACUUCGAGGGGACGCUGCAGGGCUCCGAGACGGUGCCCCCGCGCCUGGCGGCCUUCCUGUACGCGGGCGGCAUCUCGCUGUGCGCACUCACCUUCGCCAUCACGCACCACCUCUACUUCCUGCAUGUACAGCUCGCCGGCAUGCGCAUCCGCGUCGCGCUCUGCCACAUGGUCUACCGCAAGGCUCUGCGCUUGAGCACUGCGGCGAUGAGUCGCACGACCACGGGGCAGAUAGUCAACCUGCUGUCCAACGACGUCAACCGCUACGACCAGGUGACGGUGUUCCUGCACUACCUGUGGUCGGCGCCGCUGCAGACGGCCGUGGUGGUGGUGCUGCUGUGGCAGGAGGUGGGCGUCGCCUGCCUCGCCGGCGUCGCCGUCCUCGCUCUCCUCAUGCCCGUGCAGUCCUUCAUCGGCAGCGUCUUCUCACGCCUCCGGUCCAAGACGGCGCGACACACGGACUCGCGGAUCCGCACGAUGAACGAGGUGGUGGCGGGGAUGAGGAUCAUCAAGAUGUACGCUUGGGAGAACCCCUUUUCUCUCCUCGUGGCCUCCAUCCGCCGGUUGGAGGUCUCCAAGGUGCUGAAGGCCUCCCUGCUGCGCGGCAUGAACAUGGCCUGGUUCUUCAUGGCCGGCAAGCUCAUCCUGUUUUUCACGUUCAUGACGUACUCGCUCAUGGGCCACCCCAUCACGGCGGCGCGCGUCUUCGUGGCGGUGUCGCUGUACAACGCCGUGCGCCUCACCGUCACCCUCUUCUUCCCCUCCGCCAUCCAGGCCACGUCCGAGGCCCUCGUCAGCAACAACCGCAUCCAGACAUUCCUCAUGCUGGAUGAGAUUGUUGAGAAUGCUAACCAGGAGGAGGAGGAGGAAGAGAGGAGGGAGGAGGAGGAGGAGGGGAAGGAGAAGGGGGAGAACGGGCCGGUGGGUGGAGACCGGACUCCGUUCAUCGCCGUGGAGAACAUCUCCUGCAGCUGGGACAAGGACUCGCCGGACGUGCGGGCGCUGGACUCGAUCUCCUUCGCCGUGGGGCCCGGCGAGCUCGUCGCCAUCAUCGGCCCCGUGGGGGCGGGAAAGUCGUCCCUGCUGAGCGCCCUGCUGGGCGAGCUGCCGUGCUCGCUGGGCCGCGUGCGGGCGCGGGGCCGCGUGGCCUACGCCUGCCAGCAGCCCUGGGUGUUCCCCGACACGGUGCGGCAGAACAUCGUGUUCGGGGCGGCGUACGAGCGCGCGCGCUACGAGCGCGUCGUGCGCGCCUGCUCCCUGCGCAAGGAUUUUGAGAUGAUGUCCGAGGGAGACUUGACCCUCAUCGGAGACCGUGGGGUCACGCUGAGUGGUGGACAGAAAGCGCGCAUUAACCUUGCCCGGGCGGUUUACCAGGACGCUGAUCUCUACCUCCUGGAUGAUCCGCUCAGCGCCGUCGACGCAGAAGUUGGGAGAGCGCUCUUUGAGAAGUGCAUCUGCGGCGUGCUGCAGGACAAGCCCCGUGUGCUCGUCACGCACCAGCUGCAGUUCCUGCAGGAGGCCACUCACAUCAUCGUGCUCAAGGAGGGCCACGUGACAGCGCGCGGCACGUUCUCUGAGCUCCUCCACUCGGGCGUCGACUUCACGACGCUCCUCCGCCACGAAGACCACGAGGAGCCCGACGACAUCAUCCCUGGCGACCAUCGCCACGGCAACUGCAUGCGCACCCUCUCCUCGGCGACCAGCGACUCCAGCAUUGUCUCCGACGCCAAGGAGGAGGGGGUACCGGUGGGCGUGAUGGAGGAGCACCGCGCCCAAGGCAACGUGGACUUCUCGGUGUACAAGCGCUACUUCAGGGCCGGCGCCAGCAUCGCCAUGCUCCUCCUACUGCUGGUGGUCAACGUGGGCGCCACGGUCCUCUACGUGUUGCAGGACUGGUGGCUCUCCUACUGGGCGACGCAGCAGGAGGUGGUGAUGAAGUGGAACGCGACGGGGACCCUGAACGAGACUGCGGGGCCCCAGCCGGACCCCCUCGACCUCUCCUACUACAUCGGGAUAUACGCGGGUGUGACGCUGGGCGUGGUGCUGCUGGGGAUGGCCCGCUGCCUGCUGUUCCUCAAGGUGCUGGUGACGUCGUCGCGAGUGCUGCACAACCGCAUGUUCUCCUCCGUGCUGCGUGCCCCCGUCUACUUUUACGACGUCAACCCCAUCGGACGGGUGCUCAACCGCUUCUCCAAGGACAUUGGGCAGAUGGACGACCUCCUCCCCAUCACCUUCCUCGACUUUGCGCAGACGUCCCUGCAGAUCGUGGGUGCGAUGAGCGUGGCGGUGGGCGUCGUGCCCUGGGUCAUGAUCCCCGUCGUUCCGCUCCUCAUCGUUUUCUUCCUGCUGCGCCGCUACUACCUCCUGACCGCGCGCAACAUCAAGAGGCUCGAGGCCACCGCGAGGAGCCCCGUGUUCUCCCACCUGUCGUCGUCGCUGCAGGGGCUCCCCGUGGUGCGCGCCUUCCACGUGCAGAGGCACUUCCAGAGCACCUUCGACUCCCUACAGGACGUGCACACCGAGGCGUGGUUCCUCUUCCUCACCACCUCCCGCUGGCUCGCCGUGAGGCUCGACCUGCUCUGCGCCGUCUUCGUCACCGCCGUCUCCUUCAGCUCCAUCGUCAUCUCCAGCAGUCUGGCCGCGGGGCAGGUGGGGCUGGCGCUGUCCUACGCCAUGAGUCUCACCGGGAUGUUCCAGUGGGGCGUGCGGCAGAGCGCCGAGGUGGAAAGCUACAUGACGUCGGUGGAGCGUGUGCUGGAGUACUCUGAGCUGGAGCCGGAGGCCCCCUGGGAGGCGGAGAAGCGUCCCCCCGCCGGGUGGCCGUCGCGCGGCGCGCUCUGCCUGGAGGACGUCUCCCUGCGCUACCCGGGCGCCACGCGGCCCGUGCUGCACAACCUCAACGCCACCAUCCACCCCGGAGAGAAGAUCGGCAUUGUGGGCCGCACAGGCGCCGGCAAGAGCUCGCUGCUCGCCGCGCUCUUCCGCCUGGCGGAGCCGAGCGGCCGCAUCGUCAUCGACGGCAUCGCCACCUCCUCGCUCGGCCUCCACGACCUGCGCCGCCGCAUCUCCAUCAUCCCCCAGGAUCCCGUCCUGUUCACCGGCUCCAUGAGGAAGAAUCUGGAUCCGUUUGGGGAGCACACGGACCACGACCUGUGGGCAGCGCUCGAGGAGGUGCAGCUGCGCUCCGUGGUGGAGGAGUUCCCGGCGCGUCUGGACGCCGAGUUGGCCGAGUCGGGCGCCAACCUCAGCGUGGGGCAGCGCCAGCUGGUGUGCCUGGCGCGCGCCCUGCUGCGCCACAACAACAUCCUGGUCAUCGACGAGGCCACCGCCAACGUCGACCCGCGCACGGACGAGCUGAUCCAGAAGACGAUCCGCGAGAAGUUCCGCUGGUGCACCGUGCUCACCAUCGCUCACCGACUCCACACCAUCGUGGACAGCGACCGCAUCAUGGUGAUGGAGGAGGGCCACAUCCGGGAGCUGGACUCCCCCCACGCGCUGCUGCAGGACCCCGGCAGCCUCUUCCUGCGCCUCGUGCAGCAGACCGGGCGCGCAGAGGCAGGCGCCCUCACCGAGAUCGCUCGCCAGGAACAGUCCAAGCGCGAGCUGCCCCCUCGCCCCACCAACCUCAUCAUCAUGGAGACGGCCUUCUGAACCCCCGCCGCCACGUUACCUGCACCAAGUCGCUGCGGCAACAGCUGCCUAUUUGUUUGCUGUUUUUAUUUCAGCAGGUUAAGGCCCGCCGAGCUGCGUGGCUCUCUUUCAGAGGUGGCCUGGCCAUAAAUAACGAAGUGGCUUAUCGCGUGGAAAUUUAUCGCAGCCAAUGUACGUUGAUUCUAAACGUGGAGGGAAAAAAUCCGGAGGAGCUGGAGAAAAAUCCAGACGAGCAUGGGCAGAGAGAGAGAGAGAGACACGCAAACUCCACAUAUACAGCAGGUGCCACGCUGGCUAUGAGAUGUUAACUACCUCUCCUGGUGUACAGGGCGUCAUGGGUUCGCUCCCGACCCAGACACCUGUUGUAUAUUCGGAGUCUACGUGUCUCUUCGUGAUUGCCGCCUGGAUUUUUUCUCCGGGCCCUCCGGUUUUCCUCUCCACAUUUCUAAUCGACGUUUAUUUCGAGUAUUUGUCUACUAUCAAUUUCCACGCGAUGAUGAUAAGCCACUUCGUUGGGCUGUCAUUCGUGAUGGCCAGGACGCUUCUGAAAAAAGCUACGUAGCUCAGUGGGGCCGUACCAACGUCAAAUAAUAAGAGUCAAUAGUUGUACCUUUUUUUUUAUCGACUCGUCACACACUCCCUGUCGGCUUGGCCUAAGAGAGGCCGAGAGGCGGCCUCGUGUUGGCCCAGAGGUCAGAGGUCGCUGCUGAGCCGACACCUAUAAGAGCCUGGGUUCCAGUCCGGGUCAGUCGGUCCCAACCGCCGAGAUCACAUCGGGGUCUCGUGCGUCAGCAAAGUCACCGAUGGUUUGCACAGAGACCCAAAGACUCGCAUAGAGACCCAAAGACUUGCAUAGAAGACCCAAAGACUCUCAUAGAAACCCAAAGACUUGCACAGAGACCCAUAGAUUCACACCAACACCCACAGACUCGCUGAGGUCCAUAGACACAUGUGGAGACCCGCAGGCUGUCACAAAGACCCAUAGGCUGAUUAGACUCAUAUAGAGACUCACAGACUCACACAGAGACCCACAGACUCACACAGAGACCCACAGACUAACACAGAGACCCACAGACUAACACAGAGACCCACAGACUCACACAGAGACCCACAGACUAACACAGAGACCCACAGACUAACACAGAGACCCACAGACUAACACAGAGACCCACAGACUCACACAGAGACCCACAGACUCACACAGAGAUCCACAGACUAACACAGAGACCCACAGACUCACACAGAGACCCACAGACUCACACAGAGACCCACAGACUAACACAGAGACCCACAGACUCACACAGAGACCCACAGACUAACACAGAGACCCACAGACUCACACAGAGACCCACAGACUCACACAGAGAUCCACAGACUCACACAGAGACCCACAGACUAACACAGAGACCCACAGACUAACACAGAGACCCACAGACUAACACAGAGACCCACAGACUCACACAGAGACCCACAGACUAACACAGAGACCCACAGACUCACAAAGAGACCCACAGACUCACACAGUGACCCACAGACUCACACAGAGACCCACAGACUCACACAGAGACCCACAGACUAACACAGAGACCCGCAGACUAACACAGAGACCCGCAGACUAACACAGAGACCCGCAGACUCACACAGAGAGCCACAGACUCACACAGAGACCCACAGACUAACACAGAGACCCACAGAGACCUACAGACUCACACAGAGAACCACAGACUAACACAGAGACCCGCAGACUAACACAGAGACCCACAGAAUAAUACACAGACCCACAGACUCACACAAAGACCCACAGACUCACACAGAGACCCACAGACUAACAUAGAGACCCACAGACUCACACAGAGACCCACAGACUCACACAGAGACCCACAGACUAACACAGAGACCCACAGACUAACACAGAGACCCACA